CCGUUCUCCAUCCUUCAUAACUUUUAAUUGCCAGGAAACAUUCCAACCAGAACAAAGCUCUUGUAGUUGGACUUUUUGGAAAAAGCUUCUGUUUAUUACAUUUUGAAAAGUAGCUUUACAUUUAUAUUACUUUUGUUUUUGUUCUUUACUAGGGAGUUUCAAUAAUCAUAGGACUGAACGAUACUGUUGGAUUUGCAUAAUUCAACAUUUGAUAUUACUUUUGGUUUCUAUUUAUUUCCUUGUUUCUUUGCUUUUUGUUAUACCUUAAAAAUUUUUGAUUGAUUUUAUCAUGUCUUUUGCUACUCUGUAUGGUGCUUUACAAGGAGAUGCUCAUGCUAGAGCUUUGGCAGCUCCUGCAAGUUCGGCUACGUUGUCUUACAGUGAGCUCCGAAUUGCUAUUAUGGAUCUCCAAAGACAAAUUGCCGGCUUAGGUAUUAAAACAAGCGAUCCUGUUAACAUCGCUGUCCCUAAUGGCUUGGAAUUUGUUGUUAGCUUUUAUGCCGUCUCUUGGCAAAGAGCCGUAUGUGGACCUCUAAACUCAAAUUACAAGCAAUCAGAGUUUGAGUUUUACAUUGACGAUUUAAAGAGCAAGCUCGUUUUUGUCAGCAAGGGUUCUAUUGAAGCUAACACCCCUGCCGUUCGGGCCGCCAAGAAACUCUCUGUUGCUGUAGCAGAACUUUCCUGGUGUCCCGAGUCUCGUUUAGUGAAGAUUGUUCGUGUCGAAGGAUCUAACCCUUCUUCACCCCAGCCCCUUGGUCUGCCUCAUGCCGACGAUAUCACGCUUGUUUUGCACACCAGUGGUACUACUGGACGCCCCAAAGUUGUUCCUUUAACCCAUCGAAACCUCUGUCAAAGCACUAAAAACAUCAGCGCUUCUUAUCGCCUUUCUCCCCGUGAUACUUCAUACGUGGUAAUGCCUCUUUUCCACGUCCACGGCCUCCUUUGUGGCCUUCUAGCCACACUUGCAUCUGGUGGUGCUGCUGUCGUUCCUCCUCGUUUCUCUCCUAAAACAUUCUGGAAAGAUUUUACUCAAUAUGAGGCAACCUGGUACACUGCCGUGCCAACAAUUCACCAAAUUUUGUUGCGCAUCCCUUUACCCAACCCACUUCCUAUUAUUCGCUUUAUUCGUUCAUGCUCUUCUCCUUUGGCACCUCCUGUAUUGCGUAAGCUUGAAAAGGCUUUCAAAGCACCCGUUCUUGAGGCAUAUGCCAUGACUGAAGCUUCACAUCAAAUGACUACGAAUCCACUUCCUCCUCUUACUCACAAGCCUAAAUCUGUCGGUGUACCAUUCGGAGUUGACUUAAAGAUUCUUGAUGCUAAGGGCAAGGAAGUUCCCCAGGGCUCUGAAGGUGAGAUCUGUGUUCGUGGUAUCAAUGUAACUAAGGGAUAUCUUAACAAUGCAGAAGCUAACAAGUCUUCUUUCACUGAGGAAGGCUUUUUCCGUACUGGUGACCAAGGUAAGGUCGAUGCCGAAGGCUUUGUUUUCAUUACUGGCCGCAUUAAAGAACUCGUAAACCGUGGUGGUGAAAAAAUCUCUCCAGCUGAGAUUGACGCAGUCUUGAUGCAGCAUCCUAAUGUCACUGAGGCUGUGUGCUUUGCUGUCCCUGAUGAAAAAUACGGACAAGAUAUUCAAAGUGCAAUUCAUACCACAUCUGGAAAGUCGGUAAGUGUUAAGGAGCUACAAAGUUUCUUGGCUCAGAGAGUGGCUGAAUUCAAAAUUCCAAAGAAGUUUUACUUUACCGACAAGAUUCCCAAGACUGCUACAGGAAAAGUGCAAAGACGCCUCGUUGCCGAUGCCUUCUUCCAUCCUAAGGCAAAGAUGUAAUG